AUGGAAAAGUCAUCUAUACAUCCUUUAAAAAAAAAAUUACAAAGAGUAUUAAACUUGAAAUUUGAUGAAAAUGAAGAAUUUCUUAAUAUAUUACAUUAUCUAGAAGAAAUUGAAAAUUCUUCAAAUUCUAUAUCUAAAGAUUUAUUAUGUGAGUUAUUAUCUAGUGAACAGAUAAAAUGGAGAUCUUCUUGUAAUAUUAUUGAUAAAUAUCGUCUAAUCCAAAUAAAAGAAUGUAUGGAGUCUUUAAAACCAUUUAUAGAUAAUACUAGAUCCCUUAAUAUAAAAUUAGAUGGAAUUGAGAAAUUAUUUAAAGAUACAAUAAUAAAAUCAACAACAUCAUGGCAUGAAGUUAUAUAUCCAUUAUUAUCUGAAUUUAAAAAUAUAGAAGAUGAUAUUGAAAAGAUAACAAUAAAACAAAAUAUAUGUAAUUCAUUAUUAUCAAGAUUAAGUUCAUCAAUUAGUGGUAAUAUUAAGAAUAUAAAAUUACAAAUGCAGUCAAAGGAAGAUAUUUUACAUUCUUUAUAUACAAUGUAUAAGAAAUGUUUAGUUAGUGAAUCAAAUUCAAGAAAAUUAAUUAAUAUAUUUAAAGAAUAUUUAUCUAAUGAUAUGUCAAUGGAGGAAUUAGUUAAUAAUAGAAAUGAAGAUAAUAUUUUAAAUAAAUCAAAUAUAUCUAUAUCUAUAUCACCAGCAAUAUUAUCACAAGCAUUAAUAAAUUUGAAUAAGAUGACUUUAGAUAUUGAAUCAAAUAGAUUCCAAUUAGUUGAUGAAAUUGUAAAGAUAAUAAUUGAUUAUAUAGAAUUAAUACCUAUUAAUACAAAUAUUAAAAAGGAAAUAGAUGAAUAUGAUAAUAAUAUAAAUGAUUUGUUUGAAGAGGAUAUAUUUUCUAAAAUAAUGGAACUUUUAUAUUUAUAUCAUAAAGAUUCAUAUAAUUUAAUAUUAAUUAAUAUACAAAAUUUAAGAUCUAAAUUAUUGGAUUAUAGAUUUAAUGUAAUUCUUAGACAUGGUAUUACAAAUAUAGAUUCAGACUAUGAUAUAAAUAUUAUUGAUUAUUUAUCAUCAUUAUUUGAAUGGAUUGAUAUAUGUGGAAUUAAUAUAGAAGUUGAAUUUUUAAUAAGAUGCUUACAUUAUAAAUAUGAUGAUACAUGUACUUUUGAAUAUAAAAGAAAAUCUAUUAUUGAAAUACAAGAUAUUAAUAAUGAUGAUAUGAAUAAAAGUGAGACAUUAUUAGCAUAUAAUAUAUUAGAUAAUAUUACUUCAGUAUUAUGUAUUCCAUUUUCUAAUAGUAUACGUGGAAUUUUACGUCAAUUCCAUCAUCAACAGAGAAGUGGUUCUAUUACAUUUAAUUUUGGUAGUUUAACUUCAUUAAAACUUGGAAUCACUAUUGUUCUAAAGAUUGCACAAUUAAUUGAUUAUUAUAUAUUAAUAUUUAAACCAUUAUAUAAAUUAGUGCCUAAUUUUGCUAAUUUAAAUACAACAAUACAAUUUCCUCACUUUAUACAACGUCUUUGUGAUGUUAAAGAUGAAGCAAUUGCUCAAUUUUAUGUAUAUUCAAGUAUAAUACGUGAAUAUUUAUCAAAUAAUUUAUCAAGUUUAAUUACAAAUGAUUGUACAAUUUCAAUAAUUGUACUUGAAUGGUGUACUUUACUUAAUGAUAUACUUAUUAUAUUAGCAGAUGAUUCUUUAUUAAAAAAGAGUCAAGAAAGAACUAAAAUUCCAAAUUUUUGUCAUAUUUCAGAUAUAAAAAUUCAAGAAAACAAUGAACCAAUAAAAUUUAAUGAAACAAUUUCUUCUAUGAUUGAUUCAUUUAUUAAUCCAAUGUUUAAUGCUAUAUGUACAGCAACAACUACAUAUAAAUCAAUCUCAACAUGCUUAAUUAGAAUAAAUAAUAUUGCUAAAUGUCAAUUUUUAAUGAAGAAUUAUGAGCAACAAUUAUCAUUUAUAAAAAUGUAUAUUGAUAUUUCUAAUCAAUUAAUUAUGCGAGAAAUGGAACAAUUAGUAAAGUUUUCAAUGGAAGAAUUUAUGGAUAGAUAUCGUUUUAAGGAAUUAUUUGAAGAAUUAUCAUCUCAAUCUGAUAGUAAUAUUUGUAAUAGUAAUCAUUUUAAUUCAACAGAGGAACCAUUAUUAAUUCUUUCUCAAGUUAUAUUAGAUAAUUUUUAUGAUACUAUAUUACGUUUUGGAAUUAUCCCGUUUCCAAAUAUAGAUAAAAUAUUGGAUAAUUCAAUAAAAUCAAAGAUUAUUAUGGAACUUUUACUAAAUAUUACUAAACAAUAUGAACAUUUAUAUAAAAAGAUAUCUUCAAUAUGGCCAAGUAGAACUGAUAUAUUAAGAUAUAAUGUACAAGAAAUAGAAGAUUUAUUACAUAUUUGA